AUGGAUCGGAGAGAAAAGUUGGGAGUUAUUGCUGAAGCAGCUUAUCGCACGGAAGCAACGGAGUUUUUGGAGGAGAAUCUUGAGAUUCCAUCAUAUCCAGAAAUUGUCUUCCCCAUUAAACUUCAAUUAUGGGCAAAGGCUUCAGAAAAAGGAAAACCGGAUGGAGGAAAAGGAAGAAAGGGUAGAAUGUACGGUCUUGGGCCGUUAGCCGACAAUGUGGUACAUGUAGAUUUGUUCUAUGUUCCUCCUCCACCAGAGUCAUCAUCUCGUUCUAGAGAGCUGCCUCUUGAGAUGCAAGCAAUGAUACAACGAAUGAACCAGGAGUUGCAAUCUCAAAAGGAGACAUUGGCAAAGAAAGAAGAAUCGGCGAAUGAGUUAAGGGAAUUGAUGGCCAAACAGGCCGAGGAAAUGAGAAAACUCAAAAGGAUGGUUACAAAAAGGAUGGGUGGCAUGAAGAGUAGGAAGACAUUGGAAUCAUCGUCGCCAUUGAGUCAAUCAUCACCAUCGGUUCAAGAAGACCGAACACAUGACGACGACAAUGAUGAUGAUGAUAAGGACGAGGAUGAGGACGAGGACGAGGACGAGGAGGAGGAGAGGGAUGAUGAUCAUAACGAGUAA